GGGAUUGCAGGACUGGGAGAGGGGGCGGGACUUCCUGAUAAAGGGGAAGUGGGAGUGUGAUCAGCGCGGGUGGACGGUGGUUAGGGUGUGGGUGCUGUCAUUGUGAUGGCUGCGCCCGCCACCGCCUCGUUUCGGGCUGAUAAGGAGAGAUUCAUCUGCAUUUAUCCAGCAUAUCUGAAUAACAAGAAGACGAUAGCAGAAGGAAGAAGGAUACCUAUAGACAAAGCUGUUGAAAAUCCCACAUCUACAGAAAUCCAGGAUGUAUGCGCAGCAGUCGGAUUCAACGUGCUGUUAGAGAAAAAUAAGAUGUAUCCCAGAGAGUGGAACAGAGAUGUGCAGUACAGAGGUAGAGUACGAAUCCAGCUCAAACAAGAUGAUGGUAAUCCAUGUUUACCUCAGUUUCCAACACGUAAAUCAGUGAUGCUGUAUGCUGCAGAAACUAUUCCCAAACUGAAAUCAAGAACCCAAAAGAUGGGAGGUAGUGAUCAAAGUCUUCAGCAAGGAGAGGGAGGCAAGAAAGGUAAAGGGAAGAAGAAGAAAUGAGCUCACAUUUGGAGUAAUUGUUACAUCACAUAGUUGCAUUUACGACAAAGGUGGAUGGACAUAUUACUUGCUGCAGCUUCCAAGUGAUGGAUGAAAGCAAGAAAUAAACAGGUGAAGUGGAACAGAACUUUUCUGGGAACUGGAAUGUAUGUAGCUGCCUCUCAUCUAUGUAAAAAUAAACCUGUCUUGACACACAACCUGCAAGUCUGAAGCUAGCACCCGCUUUUAAAAGUGGAAGAACAUAAAGAAAUGGGGUGGGAGGGAGAAUUAUUCUUUACAGAGGAAAUAUGCAGCUUUUGAUAAAUACAUGAAUAAGUACUCUUAUGCAGACUAGAUACCUGAAAA